GUUGAAAUUACAAUGCUUAAAGUAAAGUAAGGUGAUUUUUUACCUAUAUGAAUUAAUGAAACUCUCAAUCAAUGGUUAACACAUAAAAUGAGGUUUAUUUCAUACAUGUUUACAUCAUUACAUGAGAGUAGUUUUAGACAGUGGAUCAGCCAAUGAGGGUUUAUUUCUUUAUUAUCAUAUUACAAUGGUUAUACAUUCAAUAUUAGCUGAUUGGUGUGAUGAGGGCUACUACAAAAUGUUGGCCUUCUUGGCCUCGGCCGGUGGGAUGCCUGGCGGCGGCCGGACGACUGGCGGCGGGGUGACUGGUAUUGGUGGACCAGUCUACCCACUACAUACAAAAAAAAAAAAUUGUUGAUACUGACCUUUAAUACUUACCUUUACCGCCUUGGAUUUGAGCUUGGAACCUCCAACUUGGGAAGCUGACUUGCUAACCACUACACCAUAGAGGAUUCAUGUUUAAAGACUUAAAUUAUAUAGAAUUUGAUACUUCUCCCAACUGGUGACGAUAGUGGGGCGACUGGUGGCGAUAGUGGGAUGACUGGUGGCGAUAGUGGGACGACUGGCGGCGAUAGUGGGACGACUGGUGGCAAUGGUGGGAUGACUGGUGACGAUAGUGGGGCGACUGGUUGCAAUAGAAGAGUGACUGGCAGUGAUAGUGGGGCGACUGGUUGCGAUAGUGGGGCGACUGGCGGUGAUAGUGGGGCGACUGGUGGCGAUAGUGGGACGACUGGUGACGAUGGUGGGGCGACUGGUGGCAAUAGUGGGGCGACUCUUGGCGAUAGUGGGGUGACUCUUGGCGAUAGUGGGGCGACUGGUGACGAUAGUGGGGCGACUGGUGGCGAUGGUGGGACAACUGGCGGCGAUGGUGGUGCGACUGGUGACGAUGGUGGGGCGAUGGUGGGAUGACUGGUGAUGAUAGUGGGGCGACUGGUGAUGAUAGUGGGGCGACUGGUGGCGGUUGGAUGACUGGUUGUGGUUGGAUGACUGGUGUUAUGGAUUGAGGUCUACUUCUGAUGAGCAAUCCAUCGAUGAUAAGCAAACUCCAUCCACUGGAAUUUCCUUCAAAUUUCGACUCCCCAUCCAGUAGGGUCAUGCACGCUUGGUUGAUGAUGUCUGGAAGAUUGAUGAUACUGAAGAUGGUGGAAUGUGAAUGGGGGUCUAGGAUCUACUUUGUGAUUAUACAGUUUUUAGGUUAGGAU